AGCAAACUAAAUAUCAGCUUUGCACUGGGUGUAAUUGUCAUGAAUGAAUAUAAUACGAUUUACUCUCAAAGGAUUUAGUCGGGAUCUUUUAGCCGUUAUCAAUUGUCCAGCGACGGAAAAUACUCUUUCGCUUGGGGUACUUGUCGCUGGGACGAAUAGUACUGCACGCGCCAAACUUGACAACCACGGAAAUGAUUUAUUUCGUUCCUGCCAAUAUUCAAGUACAUUAUCUUUAUAGGCCUGAAGAUCUGCGGGCGUAGCUGUGCUAAAAUAUUUCCAGCACUCGGUUUCGAUUAUGCUGUCUAUGUCAGCAGAGUUGACAGAAGUGCUGUGUCUUUUUGCUAGGUUCAUGAAGAAAGAUGAAGAUGGUUUCGAAGUACUGGGUCCAGGAGUUGCAUCUUGUAUUAUAUGCUCCUGGACAAUAUCUCCAUUUUUCAAAGUAGUUUUUGCAUAAGUAGAUAAAAAUGUAACCUUGGUGGUUUGGUGUUGUUCCAUGUAAACGUCAAUAUCUUUGAUAGAUUGGAAUCUGCAAUCUAAUAACGUGGCAGCUAUAAUCAGGUCUGUGCAAGGAAAGCGGUAAUCUAAUUUAAGGGACAUGUUAUUUUUUAACAUUGUUAUCAGUGCCGGCUCAUUGUCAUCACAUUCAUCUAGUAUUCUCCUUAUUUCUGACUUGAAAACCAACGCUAAAUUGAUCGUAGUUUGCGAAUCUGAACUCAUCAUUUCCACUAUUGUUUUCCUCCAACGUUCACAAUUAACUGACCGAAAUAAUUCCAACAAAAACUGUGUUUGUUGGUGGAUAUUUUAUUUAAAACAGUUACGGACAGCUCCCUUAUUUUAGUUUUUGUAACCUCUAUCUCUUCUGUCGACAUUUUGUACUUAUUUUAUAACAAAUAAUACGCGCGGGCGUAGCGAACAGCGGGAGCGAACUGAGUUUUGCCAGCCGGCCGGCGCGCCGUCCGCUUCCUUCGGCGGCGGCGGCGGGGUGGUAAAGCGCGGCGGCGGCGGCGCGCCGGCGCGGCGCUCAUAUCUAGUGUGUGGUGCGCACUUUCAUUUUGCGCGUGUGUUCGUAAGUGCGCAACGCCCUCAUGCGCCCGCGCUCGCCAGACGCUCACGUUAUCUCGCAUUCCACAGAUACUAUACACCUACAUUGUAGCUACCCACACAUACAUACAUAAUUGUAACCCAAAUAGAUAUAGUCAGUCCGUUUUGACAUUUAUUCGUUUGUCGUGGUCUUGUUCGUCAAGGGCGUGCUUCAGAAUCUGGGAGGCUUGGUGCACGUACUAGAUUAAAAUGGUCAUGCAAUGCAUGUUUUAUCGUUUUCAUCUCUACACAUUCUGGCUUGAUGCCAGCCGUUGCUUUGUUGAGAGGAACUGCGCUUAUUAAAUGGCGCUCAUGGCUAGUUUGUUUUGUUAGUCAGAUACUUACACUUUUUGUACAUGUACAUACACAAGCCAUCGAGCUUUACAUAACCAGUGUAAACUGAACGUUAAAUGUGCGGAAAGGUGAUGCGACGCGACACCAGGAUAAACUGGUUUUGUAUAGAUUGAUGUGUGGCCGUGUGUACAUACAUGCCUGAUUUACGUUAUUGACUCUUGUAUAUAUUUUGUCUUGGAUUUUGGAUUUGCUCUACAUAUAACACAUAACACCUUUUUAGUUUAUAUCAACCUCAAAAUUUUAAAUAUCAUCUAUUUUCAACAGAGGAUCACGAUCACGAUUUAAAAGUCGUCAAGUGCAUGAUUAUUUUGGCAUUAAACCUGAAACAGGAGUUUUUUUUUUAUUUAUUUCGGUAGUAGCCUGCAUUCUGAGACUGUGGCAAAACAAAUCAUUAAAUCUUUAAUCCAAUAGAUAGGUACCUUCUAGGCUAUUGGCACUGCUCUUUAUUGAAUUGAAUAAAAUUGUAAUUUAUUGUUAUUUUAAACACAUUAAGAUAUAGUUUUGGAUACAAUCGAAUCUUUAUGGCGGUCUAAAUUAGUAUGUUUUAUAUUUUGUAGAGAUAACACCGUUUUAGCAGAUAACGGUACAUCUUACGCAACUGGAUAGUGAAUAGUAGUGGAAGUUUUUGUCAACCCUCUUUGUAUCGUUUUAACAAUAAGUACUUCUAAAUAUCUUUUAUCUUUAUAACUUUUUCUUACUUCUCUUAUUGUUGUUUGAACAUAGAAAUAAUAGGGCCCUUUUUACUUUGAGAUACCAAUGUCGGUUUUCUAGUUUUCUCAUUUAUUACUUCUUACUUUCUUGUGAUUUUAUCAUUUAUUAUUGUAAUAGUAACACGCAGAACCUAGACGUUAAAUUAUCUAAAAACUUACGUCAUCACGUCUUUAUUCCCCAAAACAUUAUUGUUGUUUGUCGUGCCGUGUAGUACCGUGUUCUGGUGUGCAAGUCUGUUGCCAUAAAUUCCAGUUUUGUAGAGAAAAAAAGAAAUGCGCUGCUCUAACUCUAGAAUCGAUUUUCUUACCACUCGAAUAACGACGAAGUCAUGUCACUUAAAAUUAUUACUUUAUCUAUCUGAAAAUAUCACAAGACGUAAGUAGAUGCAUGUAUCAGAAUAAUUUAUUUUCCCACUUUAUCAUCCGAUGCUCAUCAAUCAGAUAAAAAUAAAUCGUAUUCAGAUAAAAAUUCAAUGUUGCUAUGCUAAAAUAUUGUCUAAACAAGUCAUUUGCGCUCGGGUAACACCUAUGUUUUCUCUAGAGAUAAAUCGUCUGCAUUAAAACCUGAAGUGCUGCAUUGCAUCUGAUUUUGUAGUAGGUAUAGAACCUACCUAAUGAAGGAGCCACGAAAAAUGUUGAACUACGUCUUCAGUUCAACAAAAUUAAAAAUACUUACGUCUCACUGUAGUUGUCAAGGUUCCUAAAUAUCCUAAAAACAUUUCAAUUUCUUAGGUAGAUGUGAUAAAUUAUUGUUAAGUAAAGCUCUGACUCUAGCGUUAAGAUCUUCGAGAAGAGACUAACAAAAUUAAUUAGUAUUCCACACGGGUUAGUCAGGAAAAGAUGGUUGAAUAUUAUAAUGUUUCAGUUUAUAAGUCACUGUUGUUAUAAUGUAUACCAGUUUUAAUGUAUUUAUUUAAUUUGUUGCAGGUACAACAAGUUUAAAAUCGCCCAUGUCACUGAUUCCUCGACGCAGAGGUAACGUUCACGCCAAUCUUACGAUUUCCUAGACUUGAAUUUUCAACAAUUUCUACAGUAAACAUUCCUCAGACACGUUACCAACACCAUGUAACUCACUAAAUUAUAUUUGUCUAAUCUUCACCUUAUUUUCUUAUAUUCUUAACGCCAUCUAAACUUUAUUUAUAGGUUAUUUUUCGACUAUUUUUACCUAGAGUAAGCACACUACAUUAUUCGUAGCGCCUUCAUCGAUGCCAUUGUACAGUUUAGCUUCAAGAGGUCACUGGACACUCCGAACACAUUCUCGAUAGCUUCAAUCAUUCUUUUGUCUAAGUUGAAUCGAACACUUUCAACACGUUCGACAUCCGCAGCACGACUGCCGCGAAAUCCAUUCAACAGGCCGACAGGAUGUGGGCGGGGCGUGCGGGACGCGGCGUUAUUGGGCGAACGCGCGACUCGCAGUGAUGGCCGCCGUCGCAUUCAACCAAUGAGCGGCGCGCGAGCCGAACGCGCGUCCGUCCGGCGAACGUGCGACGUUGCCAGCUUUUACCAGAAAAAAAAAUACCAGAUUCGACCUUCUUAGGACCCCCGGUUUUUUUUUUGUUUGGCCGCGUUAUCAUUCGGGAACGUGUAUUGAGGUCCUUAUCCGUUUGUGAGAUGGUUCUGCGCAGGUGGAUGUGUUGUGUUGUGUUAUAGUUUAUUAUGGUGUGGUCCACGCAAACUGGCGAAGUGUUGAUUGACAUCGUAACGAGGCCCGGGCAAACGGAUCACGGGCACGGCGGCGGCGCGCUGGCGUACGGCGGGAAGCCGGCGGCGGGGGGUGUGGUGGCGCCGCCGCAACCCAGACCACCUCCCGCAGCACCCUAUGCCCCACAGCCUUACGCCCCAGCACAGCUGCGCCUGCACCAGCCAGGAUAUGGAUCAGCGCCAUUAUCAUACAGGGACAGUAGUUACGUCCGCGGCGGCGGUGCGGUGGGGUCGGUGGGGGGAGUGGGGGCGGUGGGCGCGGGCGCGGUGGGUGCGGGCGAGUACCGCGGCGGCCGAGUGUCCCUGCUCGGCGCCGGCGCGGCUUACCUCCCCCCGCCCGCGCCCGCAGCGCACCACCCGCCCCCCGCUGACCCGCCGCCUUUCAAGAAGAUCAGGCUCACAGCUGAACGGACACCGCUACCACAUCACCAGCCGCUUAGGGUUGAUACUAGGGAGCCGGUGAACCAGUAUAGCACAGUAGAAGUACUAUCUCCGAAUCCACCAUCAGAUACCACGAUGGAGGACCAGAGCUUCAGAACCACUAAGGAUGACUUAUUACAACAAAUAUCCAAGGUGGACAGAGAAAUGGCGUUAUCAGAGUCAACGUUAUCAAAAUUAAAGAAGAAACAAGAAGAAUUAGAACAGACAGCCUCGAAGCCAGCACGGGCAGAGGAGCCAGAAGAAACUGUACCACGACACAGAAGUUUAGCACAAUGCGUAUACGCAGAAAAUAGGAAAAAGCAGGCUUCAUCAGCUCACGCGGUGCUGUCUCACUUGGGUCCACCCGUCCUAUACCCACUGUAUAACCAGCCCCAAGACACAGAAAUAUACCAUGAAAACAUCAGACGACAUCGAACGUUUAGAAAGCGACUAGCUGAACAUAUUAGGAAACUAAAACUAGAAGCUGAAAAGCGUGAAGAUGCAUUAGCGGAGGCGUACAGCAGAAGAGCAGCAGACUGGUUGAGACGAGUGGAGAGGAUAGAGCAGGGACAGAAGAGGAAAGCCAAGGACGCGAGGAACAGAGAGUUCUUUGAGAAGGUAUUCCCCGAAUUAAGGAAGCAGAGAGAAGAAAGAGAAAGGUUCAACAGGUUAGGAGCUCGGGUAAAGUCUGAAGCGGAACUGGAGGAGAUCGCGGACGGAUUGCACGAGCAGGAACAUGAAGAUAAGAAGAUGAGGUCGCUGACCGUGGUGCCGCCACUACUGAGGGACCCCAGCGACACCACGCCUAUUUAUAUUGACACUAACCGACGAUGUAUGGACAUGGAGGCGGAACACAAAGAGUUACAGCUUCGAAACGUUUGGUCGCAAGCAGAAAGGGAGCUCUUUCGUGAGAAGUAUCUACAGCAUCCGAAGAACUUCGGCCAGAUAGCGUCGUUUCUACCGAGGAAGAGCGUCAGGGAUUGUGUCAGAUUCUACUACCUAUCGAAGAAGGCGGAGAAUUACAAACAGUUACUAAGGAAGCCGAGGCAGCGGCGGUCGGCGAGGAAUCCCCCGCGGGCGCAGCCAGAGCCUGAACUACCGGCUGGAGUCACCACCAGGCUACAGCGGAGUCAGGCCGUCUCCCUAGGAACGACUGCGAGGACGGAAAACAAGGAGCAGAAUAUGGAAGAAAGUAUGCCGCAGGUCACUGACCCUGUCACCUGCAUACCUAUACCUACUGCAGCUCCUGCGCAGCCGCCUAGGUCGGAGUUAACAAGAACGCCGCCUUUACCGCCGUCCCCGCCACCGGCAUCGUCAGCACCGACGCCGGUGACGUCAACUCCCACGCCGCUCUCGGUGGCCGGGAGUCCGGCGGCCGCGCCGACGCCGCCUGCCGUUGACGUGCCGUUACCGCCCGCGACAACGGCAGAAGUCACGCUUACUAUUACUCCUGUUUCGACACCAAUAACAACGAGUGCAGCAAAUGCAACAAGUGUAGCGGCAUCAUCGCCGGCGCCGGUGACGUGUAUAACGUCGACGGCGGCGGUGGCGGCCACGCUAACGGCACCGGCGAUAUCGGGCAAUGCCAGUGGGACCGGCAGCGCCAGUGGCAGUGGCAGUGGCAGUGCGCCACCCACACCGCAACCGGCACAGCCACCCACACCGACACAGCCUCCGCCCACGCCGGAAACUGCGGUAACAGAACGCAUUGGAACACCAUCUUCGACAGCCACAAUCACCACGACGACGAUAACAACAACAUCAUCGAACUGUGCCGUCUGCAACAACUCAGGGGCCAACCACUUAGUCUCAAGGUCACAGGCAGUUCACUAUGGUCUCAAGGAAGAAGCCGUAGGGGCCAGGGUCUGUGAGCCCUGUCACAGUAGAUGCGUUCGGUCUCGAUACACCAGGUGUCCGGUCCCGACGUGUCCUGGCCCCAAGGUCAGCCCCAAAAGACUGAGGCAUCUUCCUCCACGAUGGCAUGACUUGAGUUUAGAACAGAAAAGGCCACUUAUGGAAGAGUUCGAAAUCCCAAGCGAGUUAAGCAAGUGUUGUUUCGUUUGCCACAAGACUAUAACAAAGAGGUUAGAAGCGUUAGUGGAGGGAGGGUCAGCGCCGGAGCCCACGGAGGAGGAGGCGGCGCGGUUCCGGGCGUUACUGAGGGAACACGGCACCGCGUGGGACCGGAUAGCUGCCGUCAGCGGCAGGACUCCGGCCAGCUUGAAGGCGUUCUACUUUACUUAUAGGAGAAAGUUACAACUAGACACAUUAGUAGCGGACCGUCCAGCGUCAGCGCGGUGUAGCUCGAGCGAGGAUAGUGCACUAUCUUCCGCGGACACAGACACGGCCAGCGGCGGGUCCCCGGCGCGGGCCCCGCCGGCGCAGCCCGCUCCAGCGCCCCGCACCGACGCGGUCGCACCCCGCCGGCCCCGACGGGACGAGUACGACUCCUCCGCCACUGAAACUGCUGACGAGGAAAACGAUGCGCCAAGCGCUAAGAUCGUUCCCCCCACGUCAAUCCCGACGGCGGUGUCAGCAGCCACGUCUUGUAGUCCGGUGACCGUGGUGUCGUCCGGCACGACCACGGUGCCGGUCGUCAACCGGAUGACGGGCGCGCCGCAGACCGUGCGGGACGUGGUACUCAACCUCAUUGAGAUCAGCCUCACCAAGGACAUGCCGAGCCAGCACCCCAGUAUCAAGCAUCAGAUCAAGGUGACGUCAGCGUGCGCCAGCGGGCGCGAGGCGCUAGCGACGCUGAGCGUGGUGAACAGCUCGCACGUGGGCGCGGCCGGCGCCGCCAGCCCGCAGCGCGCCGCCACCAUCACGCCCGUCGCGCACGUGGCGCCCUCCAACGACAAGGACGUCAUGCUGCUACACAUCGAGCCCCGCCCCGAGCGGCCCGAGCGGCCUGAACGGCCCGAUCGGCCCGAGCGACACGAACAGCUUCUAAUACGGCACGAAAGACAUGAACCGUUACUUGAUCUGAGCGUCAAACGGCCGAGGCAUGAUCAGCCGUUCUCACAUCCUAAUAAGUCGGUAUAUCGAAACUCAACAGAAUACCGGCCGCAACAGGAAAGGGAAUCUCCUAAUCAGUACAAUUCCAAGCCUAAAACCGUCGGAGCGCCCCCGAGACCUCAAGUUAAGGCGUCACCUAACCCUAAAGGCUCAAUAACUCUUGGGACCCCAGUGGAAACGAGGUUCGAGCCUCAUAGAAACCCUCCGGAGCCCAAAACGGGGUCCAUUACAGCUGGGACCCCGGUACAUCCUCAUCACUUACCUGACAAGCGAACCCUGGAGUUCUACAAGAGAAGAAGUCCAGGUGGACCUGCGGCGUACUACGCAGCCACCAGUAGUCAGCCCAGGCCGCAAUCCCCUUCAUUUUCACCUACCGGCUAUCCUCGAAACCCUUACGGGCCAGAACAGCGCCAGAUAAUCAUGGCGGACUUCAUAACGUCGCAGCAGAUGCACGGUGGGGCUCGACGUGAGCGGGAGCGGGCUGCCAGUCCUCAGUACCGCAGGGAUGCGAGGGACGCACGGGAUGCGAGGGAUGCAAGGGACGCCAGGGAUGCCUCCGUCAUACAGAGGCAUACACCCCAUGCAUACCAUGCGCAUCCACAUCCGCCACCUGAAGAACGCGCAGCAUCUCCGCAGUACCGACAACGUGAUGCUCUAUCAGUAAUACAGCGCCACUCUCCGCAACACGUCUAUCCACACCAGCAUCCGCAGCCGCCGCCAGGACACGAAGCAUUCACAUCGCUAGUGGACGUGGCGUCGGCGGCGACAGCUCUGCCAGUCCCCCGCGGGUCACAAGCGGAGGGCAAGCAGGACAACAAGCAACAACAGCAACAACAACAACAGCAGCAACAGCAGCAGCAACAACAGCAACAACAUCAUGACCUCAGGUUUAUGGCGCAAAAAUUCCCUCUUGGCUCUCAAUUCACACAAAUGAUGGACAGAAGAGUACAAUCCCAACCACAGUACAUAGAGCGAGACAGACAGCUACAAAUGCAGAGACGAGACGCCGAGAGAGCAAUUCAUGCGAUACAAGAGCGACAACACGCGCUGGAGCAACACCAACAACACCAACAACACCAACAACACCAACAACACCAGCAACACCAACAGAGCCAGCACCAACCUCACCAGCCCCACCACCAGCCUCACCACUCCACGCCCGCGCAGAUACUGCACGACAGACAUCACAUGCAACACUCCAUUCACGCGAUGCAGGAGCGACAAGCCGAGCAACAGCAACAGCAACAGAAGCAACAGCAAAUGAUACAGGACAGACAUCAACAUAUUAUGAGCGUAUCCUCGCAGGAUGGAGAGCGUCGCAUGAUCCAGUCAGUGACGUACAGCACGCCGGGUAAACCCAGGGCGCAGACACCGCAUCAUAUCGACAGGAAGGAUGCUCGCACAGUGGUGUCGACAGUGGCAGUGGCGGGCGCGGGCGCGGCGAGCGUGGCGGCCGGCGUGGCGGCGGACGGCCGCCCGCGACCCGCCGAGGGGACGCUCACUGCCGCCUCACUCAUUGACGCCAUCAUCACGCAUCAGAUCAGCCAGAGCUCCGAUCAGAGGUUCCCGCAACAACAGGAGCGAGUAGAGCGUGCAGUGAAUGUAGGCGUAGGAGUGGGCGGCGGGGGCGCGGGUGGGGGCGCGGGUGCGGGCGGGGGCGCGGGUGGGGGCGCGGACGACGCGGCGCACACGACGUCCAUCAAGCUGGGGGACCUCGCCUCCAACAUCAUCACCAGGGACUUCUGCAGCCCCACCACCUCCGUCAUGCAUCACAACAACAGAUUCAACGUGGGUAACUCGGAAGGCUACGUGGCUGGCGGCGCGGAGGAGUGGAAGCGACGCGACGCGCCCAAGCACGCGCCGUACCUCGAGCCUGUCAGCCCGCCUGAUAACCAUCCUGCCAAUAGAAACAACAGCAACCGUCGCUACAGCUGCGUGGGCUCGUCGUCCGUGGGGGGCGGCGGGGUGGGGGGCGGCGGGGGCGGCGGGGGAGUGCUGACGGCCUUUGAUUACGUCACCAACCGCAUCGUGGAGGUCAUGCGCUCCGACGCGGACGAGCGAGCCAAGCCCCUCGCAUUCCCUACUACCGCGUACGCGUACCCGUACUCCGCGCUCAAUGUACAGGCUGCUGGGGAUGCUGCACCAAACAGCACGGCCCCUAGUACGUCAGUAUCGACCCCCGCGCCCCCGCCGCCCCCGGAGUCGGCGCCGCUGAUGUCGGCGCAGACUGACGCCCCGCGCCCCCGGCCCCCGCGCCCCCGGGCCGCGCGCCCCCGCGCCCCCGCGCCCACCCCGCCCCCGCCUAGCCCCGGCGCUGCUCCGUCAUCACGCGCACGCACUCGACUACAGAUUGAAGACCGCCGUCAACAUACAACAUUCAAUAUUCCAACGGACAGUGUAACGGAUUACGAAGAUGUUUCUGUAUUCGGUCGAGUAACAGUAGUGGGGCGCCGCCCCGAGCCAGCACUGCCGCUAGUGACUAGUGUCCGCCGCGCCCGCAGUGCGGCGGUACAAACGUUGAGGGCCCCCGAGGCCGGUAUAAAUAUAGCGGGAGAGGAGAGCGCCGCCGCCGCCGCUCCACGAGCCGCGCCCGUGCGGGGGCUGCGCCCUGCGGGGCUCCGCCACCCACCGCCGGAGCCUGUCCUUAUGUGUAAAAAACGACUGAUUAAAUUUACUUUGAGCGAGUGUAUGGGUGGCGCGGCGGCGGUGGCGGUCGCGAACACAUUGUGA